UUUAAUAAGUUAUUAGGUUUUUUAUUUUGAAAAUUAUUAUUUUUCUUACUGCUAAAAAUUAUGAGUAAUCAACGACCCAUUGGUGUUGGAAAUCUAACUGAGUUAACGCAGGACAUUUUUGAUGAAUCCACCACAGACAAUAAUGUUGGCUUUAAAUCAUUAGGAUUAACAAAUUUACCAGUAACAUUUGAAGAAGCUCAGCAUGAAUCAGGAACUGGAAUCUAUCAGAUUUUAUUAUUAAUAGUAUGUGGCAUAGUGAAUAUGUCAUGUAGUAUAUCUACGACAGCUAUAUCAUUAAUUACACCUGCAGCCGAAGUAGAUUUAAAUUUAAAUUCGACAACUAAAGGAGUGUUAAAUGGAGCACCAUUUUUGGGAAUGGUGUUUGGUGCAUAUUUUUGGGGAGUUUGUGGUGAUAUGAAAGGAAGGCGGUUUGUUAUUUUGGCUUCAAUGGGAAUGGAUGCGUUGUGCUCUGUUCUUUCUUCUUUGACACAGGAUGCUUUAUAUUUUUUAAUAAUUAGAAUAGGAAAUGGAUUCGCUAUAAUUGGUGCUACUUGUAUGAUUUAUGUGUAUUUUGGAGAAUUUUUAUCACCCAACAAAAGAGAUAUUUAUUUACUUUCCCUCGAAAUAUUUUGGGUUUUAGGAAUAAUCGCAGGACAAGGUAUAGCUAUGGUAAUAAUUCCCAGUGAUCUAGUUUUGCUGUCAAAUACUUAUAUUGUAUUCAAUGCGUGGAGAGCUUUUAUAUUUUUAUCAUCUAUACCAAGUUUCAUUGGAUUCAUAUUGAUUUACUUAUACCCAGAAUCUCCACGAUAUCUUAUGUAUAGAGGUCGUAUGAUCGAAUCAAGAGAUAUUCUUGAAAAGAUUUAUAUCGUAAACAACAAAAAUACAGUUGCAUCAUACCCGGUGACAAGUUUCACUCAAACCUAUUCAGCAAUUGGAUUUAACAGAGCUUAUAUUGAAGGAAUUCCAUUUAUGACAAAUCUCAAGAUAAGAUUAAUUACUUUAAAAAAUGGUCAUAAGACUUUAUUCACCUCUUACGGUCGAAAAAUUAUUGUCACGAGUGUUAUUGAGUUUUGUUUAAUGGCAUCAUAUAUUGCCGUUCUUUUAUGGUUACCAGAACUGUUUUCUAGAUACUACGAAUUUAAAAAAAAACGGUUAGAAGAUGUAUAUAUAUGCACAGCUUCAGAAUGGGUAUUGAAAUACCAGAGUAAUGAUACAGUUAGAGAGGUUUCAGCCGACGCUUAUUUUGCAGCUAUGCUUGUGUCUUUGUCUACAGUACCCCCCAUCAUAAUCACCGGAAUCUUAAUUAAAUAUGUUAACAAAAAAAUUUUGUUAUGUAUGAGUUGUGGAAUUCCAAUUAUAUCAGUGGCAUUAAUAACAAUAACCAAAAAUGAUUUACAAGCAGAAAUAAUGUGCUGCAUUUUUGAAGGAUUUACAACCUUGACUGAGCCUAUUUUGUUUGUUACAAUGGUUGAGCUAUUUCCAAGUAAUGUAAAAGGAGUGGCAUUCUCUAUGACUGUAAUGAUUGGUCGAUUAGGUGCUAUAUUUGGAAUAAUUGUUUUUGGUAUAUUGAUUGAUAAAAAUUGUACUUUGACAUUUUAUCUCAUAGCUGCUUUAUUAUUUAUUGCAUUUUUAGCAACAGGAUUUUUACCAAGAUUGAAAAUUGGUGGUAGCCACUAAAGAAAAAAUGUUAUGUCACCAAGUAUCAUCAAAAUAAUUAAUUUAUAAAUUAAAACAACUUAA